UCCCAGCUCAAGCAAAUACAAUAUGGCAGCGUACACAGCCGAUCGUGACGUUGAGGUGUGUGAUGAUGUACCCGAGCUCUCUGACAGUGAUGAUGAACAGUGGCAGUCGAUGGAGGAGGGAUCUGAACACAUGUCAAUCCCGUGUGUGCUCUGUGACCGGACUCUCACUUCUGUCUCUGAAACAUUCCAACACUGUAAGGCAGAUCAUGGUGUGGAUAUACCAGAACAAGUCCAAAAGCACAGGCUUGAUGAUUAUGGCUAUAUAAAGAUGAUAAACUACAUUAGAACUACUAGAUGUUCUGCAGAGAGUUUGUUGCUGGUUUCAGGUCCAUUACCAUGGAAUAGUGAUGAAUUUAUGAAGCCAGCCUUGCCUGAUGACCCAUUACUGCAGAUAGAUCUGGAGGAGUUUAGUGGGGCUGAAGCUGUGACAUUUAGCCCCUCGGCUGGUGAUAAUACAGCUAUGCUACUUCAGAGAGCCAGGCAGGCUGAAGACAGAGCUCAGAGAGCUGAAGAAGCCUUGGCUCGUGCCAUGGAAGAUCUGCACAAACUCAAAUUGCUUGCACAAGGUCUAGUGCUGAAUGCAGACACAAGCCGUGGCCCUUCAAGCUCAGGGGCCAUUGCUGAGUUGAGAGAAGAUGAAGACGAGGCCUACUUUAGCUCUUAUGGGCAUUACAGCAUCCACGAGGAGAUGCUGAAGGACAAGGUGCGCACUGAAAGCUAUCGAGACUUCAUGUACCACAACAUGGACGUCUUCAAGGACAAGGUGGUGCUCGACGUGGGAUGUGGUACGGGAAUCCUCUCCAUGUUUGCUGCCAAAGCGGGAGCCAGGAAGGUCAUCGCUGUCGACCAAUCAGAUAUCAUAUACCAGGCUAUGGACAUUGUCAGAUCUAAUAAACUCGAGGACACCAUCACAUUGAUCAAGGGCAGAAUAGAGGAAAUAGACCUUCCUGUGGAAAAAGUGGACAUAAUCAUUUCAGAGUGGAUGGGGUACUUCCUGCUGUUUGAAUCAAUGCUGGACUCUGUGCUCUACGCAAGGGAUCGGUAUCUUGCCGAAGGUGGUUUGGUCUAUCCAGACCGCUGCAGUAUUAGCCUGGCGGCGGUGGGAGACACUCAGAAACACAAUGAGCGCAUUGCCUUCUGGGAUGAUGUUUAUGGCUUCAAGAUGACAUGUAUGAAGAAGGCUGUGGUACCAGAGGCAGUAGUGGAGGUGCUGAAGCCAGAGACUGUCAUUUCAGAGCCUGCAGUCAUUAAGACUGUUGACUGUGGCAUCGUGUCUGUGUCUGAACUGGAUUUCACUGUAGACUUCACCCUGAAGAUAAGGGUCAGCACAUUCUGUACAGCCAUCGUGGGCUAUUUUGACAUUUUCUUCGAUGAGAGCUGUGGAAACAAGGUCAUGUUCUCCACUGCUCCAGACAGCACUAAGACCCAUUGGAAACAGACAGUCUUCUUACUGCAGAGUCCUAUCUCUGUCCAAACUGGAGAAGAUCUUUUAGGUCAAAUUACAGUACACAAGAACAGAAAGGACCCCCGAGCACUGCUGAUUACACUCACCCUUGCUGGCCAGAAGCAAACCUACAGCCUACAGUGAGGGGACCUGUUUUAUUGGGGGGGAAGUGUACUUGAAGCAGUCCUCUCUGUAAUAACUAAAACAUUCUAUUAAAAAAAGUGUCUUUUCUACUCAACUCAUCACUCAUGGAUAGAUUUAAUAAUUUGUAUAACCACUGAAACAGGCUUUGUUUUAAGCCUAUGAGUUUUCUUGAUGUCCUUAAAUGCCUCCAGGAAUGGAAGAAGUCUUAUUUCCCUUCUGUUUGAAUAAUGACUGAAUGAAUAUCUUAACAAAUAAAGGCUGCC